CGGCGAGGUUAUGCAUCAUCUAUACACAGCCUUGUAUAAUUGUCACGAAGGUUUAAGGUCUUGAUUGCUGAGCUGACUUCUAAAGUUGCGAUACCUAUCAACUUGAUUUCGCAACCUCCACGAUGACCAAUCAAUACGACGAGUUUCUGGGCCAUAUGUGGGAAGAGAUCAAGAAGGAAUUUAGUGCACAAGACAUCCAUAGAAUUCGGGAGAUAAGAGACAGGACAGAUCUGGAAUCUUUCGUGGCGGACGUUUGUACUCAAAGUCAUGACUAUACGUGUCAACCACGUUCCAAAACCUCUAAGAUAAAGAUCGUAAGGAACAAAGACGAUCGUGAGAACCUCAUCUCUCUAUACCUCGAGCAUGCGACGAGAUAUCUGCAAGAUCUCGUCGAAUGGCAAAACAUUUACCUUUGUCCAGCCCGUCCAGCUCUCGCAGUAGCUAUAUUAGAAAUAUACAAGGAUAUCUUCCGUUUCUGUAUAGAUACCUGGAAGUACUAUACUGGCUGCUCCGCCCGGAGAUGGUUGAAAGGAUUGCGACCGGCAAAAUACAGUACCCAACCCGGUUUAGACAAGCUGAAUACCAGCGUGAAAAGGCUCGAAGUGGAAGCGACAAAACUCUUGCACGCGCAGACGAUAGAGACAAAGAUCAACUUGGAAGCCAUAACAAGGAAUCAAGAAACGGAGCGACGCUCUGAAUGGCAGCACAUGUGCAACUUGACGCGACAUCAGCUCGAAUGUUCAAAUAAGGGCGAAGUGGAUACUCGCCUUCGAGCUCUGGAAGAAGAGGCGCAAAGCCUAGUGAUUGCUGAUAGCGAUACGUACGACACAAUGCAGCCAGGCAACUUGAGUGUUCUCCAGGUGCAUCGAGAGUACAAGAGCUGGCGCGAUAGUAUUUGUGGCGGAAUACUCUAUAUUUUGGCACUCAACCAUCCAGAUGCUGAUUCUACAAACUCGCUUUGGCUGUCGCUUGCUAUGUCCGAGUUUGCUUCGAGCACGAGACAAGAGGAUCGCAAAGUCAUUUUCUAUGCGGUUGAGAAUGUUCGGGACACUCCUUGUAGCAUGAUGUCAUACAUUAUAUGCGAAAUCCUAGAAUGGGAUAUGGACUUCUUUGCUGAACACAAGCAUUUGGUUCAAACAAGGAGUGUAACUGGAGCAUUGUCGAAAGAACAUAUUCUCCACGUUGCUACGGAGCUCCUGGAUCGGUGGGGCAGAUCUCAUCCCGACGAACAAUUCUACCUAGUGAUUGAUAGAGUCGACAGAUGGCUGCGAAACGAUAGUGACUUGGCCAAGGGACAGUGGAAGGAAGCCAUAGAAACUCUCUUUGAGUGGGUCAGUAACUCAAAGGUUCUGAAGAUUUGCAUGCUUGCGGAACAAAGCCGAUGGGGGAGAAACGUAAACGACAUCAUGCGCCUGAUCUGCACCCGUUGGCAAUUGAGAGAAGCAUUCUGGAACACCGGGUGCCUACGGCAGGGUGAUUCGUUCGAUCUCGAAACCUGAUAAUACCAAUAACAACGGUCACUAUCUGUUGGGACACAUUUGCUGUUCUCUAAUGUUGCGGUAUUAGUCGGUCCAUACGAGACCUUAUUACCCUUGUUUAGACUGUUUUGGAUUAGCACGUUCCAGAGUCAGUAUAUAGUCGUCUUCUCCUCACUAGAUAGCAACUCAGCGCAGUAUUCCAUCGACCCGAUAGUCCUACGUUAUCGUUUACCGUAGCUAUCUGUCGGAGGGAGUGAAGAUAUCCACCGAUCGCCAUCUGUUUGCUAGCGGUCCGCUGCACUGAUUGUCCAGCUCAUUCGGUUAGCUCGGUUUGCUUCCCCAACCCUUCACUGCUAUCCCCUUCUACUAUAUAGUCCCGAUCGAUUCCAGCCAAUAGCUAAAAGAAUCAAUCAACAUCUCAA